GGUACAUUUUAAAAGUAGAAAAUAGGAAAAAAAUAAAAAAUCAACGUAUGCGAAAUUUCCCGACGCUGCCCAUACAUAGUACGAUCUCAUCUUUCUAAAUUUCAUUUUUUAUCCCCAGCCACAUUCUUCGACAGCCUCUCUAUCUUUCUUCCCUCUAACAGGGCCAAUUGGCAUCUUAUCCCCUGCCUGCGCAUCGCUAAUUGAUCGCUCAUUUCGUCCAAGAAAGUGUUUGCGCCCUAAACUGGCCCAAUGUCUACCUCUUCAGGAGUCAAUGUACUCCGGUACUCGGCUCUUGCCUUGGGCGUGUUCUACGGGUUUACACACCAGCGAUCCAUCACUGCAGCACAAAAGGCCGCAGCCGCACAGAAGGAAUACGAACACAAGCAACAAUUAAUAGAGCAAGCCCGAGCCGAAUAUGCGAGAUCCAAGAACCCGGCUCCCCCAACGUCCGAGAAGAGUGGUUUGAAUCAAGACCCAAUGGACCCCAAGUUUGACCUGGAAGCAUACUUCAAUGCCUUGAUGUCACAGAAGUCGUAAAGCCGAUAUAGUAGUUGGGAAGUCAUUGCGCCGGGAGUCAUAUUAGAAGCUGAGAUGGAGACAGAGAGAGGGCCGCAAUCGAGCUCGAUGCCCAAUUUGGAUCGAAGCUUUUCCUCGAAUGACAAAUUGGCGGGCUCUGUGUAUGACUAGGAAGCCAUGCAUAAAAACGUCUGAUACAUAGAUUUCAUUUGGCUUUACUCCGUACAUGUGUACAAUACCAAGAUUUCAUGCCAACCUGAACUCGUGAGUAUGACCAGAGCUGACAUGGCAUUCAUGAUGCAGUUUCUAACGACCCAGUUCAAGAUUCUGUUGUGAGAUUUAAUUUCAUCAUGCCUAGGUACAUAUCCUUUCACAUCUAUAUCUAUGUGUUAUGUUGUUGAAGUCUCUCAACAAAAAGAAUACCAC